GUGAAACCGCCGGGUCCGCUCAGCACGACAGGGGAAAUAAGCAAGAACUGGCGGAUAUUUAAGCAAAGGUUCGAACUCUUCCUGACCGCUUCAGAACCUAGUGGCAAGCCUCGACCUGAGUCAUCAAAAGCAGCAUUUCUUUUAAGCAUUGCAGGCGAGGAAGCAAUCGAGAUAUUUAAUACGUUCAACUUUUCAGAAGGCGAGAGCAACGCCGACUAUGCUACUGUCGUCAAGAAAUUUCAAGAGUACUGCGCCGCUCAGCACAACGAAGUACAUGAACGCUACCUGUUCCGGAACAAAGUACAAGCCCCGGGUGAGCCUUUUGAACACCUCUUGAGAGAGUUGAAGAAGCAGGCACGACUAUGCAACUUUGAUGAGCAAAUGGACUCCAUGAUAAUGGACCAAAUUGUUUACGGAACCAAUGACGACAAGGUUCAACAAAAGCUACUCAGGGACAACAGUUUGACCUUACAGAAAGCCGAACAAGUCUGCAAGGCGGCUGAAGUAUCAGAAGCACACAAAAAAGUCUGGGCCCGGGAGCAGAAGCAAGUGGAUCCAGUCCACAAGACAAGCAAAGUGCCAAAAGCAGAAUCACUUACCAAGUGCUGCAGAACGUCCACUCAGGUCGGCGAGCUUCGAGACUCCGAAGACGACUUCGAGGUUCUCGACCAGAGAUGGGCAAAAUACAUGUAA